AUGCUGUCGGUAUAUAUCGGCGUGUACCGGGCAGUUUUUGAAUAUGCUGCCCAGACAGACGAGGAGUUGAAUUUGGCUGCCGGCGACAUUCUCUAUCUUCUUGAAAAGUCGGAUGUCGAUGACUGGUGGACUGUCAAAAAACGAAUCCUUCCCGUCGGCGAUGAAGAAGUCGAAGAACCGGUGGGAUUGGUUCCCUCAAACUACAUUGAGGAAGCCCCAGUGGUGAAGACGGCGCGUGCGCUUUAUGACUACGAAAAACAGACCGAAGAAGAGCUUUCGUUCAAGGAGGGCGACCGGUUUGAUGUUUAUGAUGUAAAUGAUCCAGACUGGAUUUUGGUGACUGAUGCUGCCCAUGAGCAUUUUGGCUUCGUGCCGGCAAACUAUAUAGAUAUGUCGGCUCAGCUGGGCGUGGCACUGGCGCCAGCGAACCCGCAAGCAUUUUCAAUGCCUCCGAAACAUCCGAGCCAAAUUAAACGGGACGCCGAGCUCGACGUUUCUCCAAAGCAAGAACAACCUUUAAAGACCGUUGACCAAGACUACGAGGAGGCUCCACCAAAGCCAGCGAGACCGACAAGUAACGAUUUCGUUAACAAUUCUCAAACUGAAAACGAACUCAAUCUUCAUGACGAAGAAGAAGACGCUCCUCCUAUGCCGUCCAGACCUGGACCCAGCGCCGCCACUACUCUGAGCUCGAUCAAUAGAGAGCCGGCAGUAGCUCAAUCCUCUCAAGAUUACCCUAGGACAGAAGAUGUUGGAGACCAGCAACAUAGCUAUGACGGUGAGUUUUUCACCUGGUACAUCGAUGAGGUUGAUGGUCGUAAAAAGAGACCCGUGGUGUUCUCGAUCGGCAAGGGAAUGAUAGUCACCAAGCCAAAUUCCCAGAACCCGAAGAAAUUGAAACUAAAGUCGGCUUCCACCCUUGAUCAAGUAUGGAGAGUACGAGAUUUGAAGGACUACAGUAACGAGAAAAAACAUCUAUUCCUCGAAUUGACGAAUCCAACCACCUCACUCGAGCUCCAUUGCGGUCUGAAGGACGUUGCUGAAGCCAUUGUGUCCAUAUUGGCCGACCUAAAAGGCGCAGAAGAAGCCAGAGGCUUGCGCGAAGUUGCCCAGGCUUCCCAAGCGUCUACUAGUGGGAAGAAUCGUAAAAUUGGUACCCUUAUGUUUGACUUUACUGCUCAAAGUCGCGACGAACUUGAAAGCAGAGAAGGUGACGAAGUGUACAUUAUUGAUCAAUCGAAGUCGAAAGACUGGUGGAUGUGUGAGAACGUUGCUACGGGACGCCAAGGUGUUAUUCCUGCUUCGUACAUCGAGAUUGUGGGCACUUCGAACCUCGACAAGAUGACCGAUGGUGUUCAGAGACGUAGAUCGCAAAAGGCACCCAAGGGAAAGGUGGUUGAAAAGAAGCAUCAGCAUCGUCGUCGUUCGAGAGAUGAAAGAGAAAGAAUUCGAGAAAGCGAUCAACGUCAUCGUGAACGUGACCAGCCCAGCAAUGGUCGUGAUAGUGAUGGAAAAUCAUUGCCCAACUACCAUCGUCUUAGAACCUGGAUUGACAGCACCGGAUCAUUCAAAGUGGAGGCGGAAUUUUUAGGGUUUGUCGACGGCAAGAUUCAUUUACACAAGACAAACGGUGUCAAGAUUGCGGUCGCAGCUACAAAGUUGUGCUUGGAAGACUUGGAAUACGUAGAGAAGGUGAGCGGAACAUCAUUGGAGACCUACAAAGAACAGGUUUCAAAGCACACGCCCAAGAAAUCCGAGGAAGGUCGUAGCAGGUCUGCAACAGCUGUUAUCAACAGCGUUUCUCCAACGAAAGAAAAGUCACUGGGUUCGGGUACUAUUCCUCCACAAUCAGAUCCCGAGUAUGAUUGGUUCGAGUUCUUUCUUCAAUGUGGUAUUGAUAUUGGAAACUGCCAAAGAUAUACCAUCAAUUUCAACAGAGAGCAGAUGGACGACAAAAUCUUGGAAGAUAUCAAUCCUUCACUUUUACGCACUCUUGGUUUAAGAGAGGGAGAUAUUAUCAGGGUGAUGAAGUAUUUGGAUAACAAAUUUGACAGGAAAAAGGAAGAACCAGUUCAGCAAACUGCUACAGGCAGUCUUUUUACCGAGCCUACAGGUGCAUUGAGAAAUAACAGCUCGACAACAGAGGUGUCCAAAGUUGAUGCCAAGGCGUUGCCUUCACCAAGAAAGCCAGAGACUCUAGUGGAAAAUCCACCACAACAAGUGAAUAAGCUAGAUGAUGAUGCAUGGGCCAUGAAGCCAGCCGCUCGCUCUAAUGAAGAUUUACUGAGAGUGAGAUCACAAACUCCACAAUACACUGGGUCUCUUCAGGACUUGGUGGAUAUUAAGCCGUUCAAGGUGAAUGACAAACCAAUGCCCGCUUUACCUACUGAAGCCAAGCAAGAGCCUGCACCAUCAGCUCCAGCUUUGAAGCCGGUUCAAACUGGGCCAUCCAUACAACCUGGUCAACAAUUUGCAGCUAACAAAACCGGUUCUACUACUGUGGGCGGUUUGGGAGCUCAAACAACGGGAGGUCUCGUUCCAGUACAAAGAACUGGCGGGUUGGUUCCAGUACAGCGGACUGGUGGUUUACUUCCAAUGCAACCCACCGGAUUUGUGCCUAUAACCGCACAACCCACAGGGUUCAUACCCAUCCAAGCUACUGGCUUGCAACCUCAAAUAACCUUUGGAAUUGUUCCUCUUCAAACAGGAACCGCAACUUUCACGGCCACUCCAACCGGUCCCCAAGCAUCAAUGCCUCAAACUACUUUUGGGCAGCAGCAGCCACAAUUACAACCUUCGACUACUUUCGGAGGAAUGAACAAAGUGCCACUUCAAAUGACUGGCGGGGCCAUGCCUGCCACCUCAUUUGGUCAACCAAUGACAUUGCAACAAACUGGACCAUUGGUUCCAGCGCAGCGCACAGGAGGCACUCCUUUUGGUCAACAGACGGGUCCAAUUGGAAAUCAGCUUACUGGUGGAUUACCUCCACAAACCUCGUUUGGAAUGUUCCAGCCUACCGGUCAGCAGUCUACUGGAGGUCCCAUGUUGCACCAAGGUCCACCGGCCAAUUCUUUCGGACCUGGAAGCAUAUCGUCUCCUCCUACAUUCAUGAACCAAAAUCCAGGAACAAUUACGCUGCCUCAACCAGCAUUUCCCACAGGACAACAACCUUUCAACCUGUCAUUCCCAGGAAGCCAAACUGGUCAGGAACAAUAUGGUCAGCCCAACAUGAAUCUGUUGUCAAACAUGUUCCAAAACACAAACAUUUCGAGCAAUGGCUACCAACCUCCUACAUCUUUUGGUCAACCUCAAGCAAGCUUUCAAUCAUCAUUUGGCCAACAGCCAUCAUUUGGACAACAACAAACUUCCUUUGGGCAACAGCAAACCUCCUUUGGACAACAACCAACAUCCUUUGGUCAGCCCCCAACCUCCUUUGGUCAACAACCUAGCUCUUUUGGUCAACCAGCUUUUGGCCAACAGCCUCUGUUUGACGGAUUUGGAUAUUCGCAGCCAUUGCAAUCACAGCCCACUGGUUCUGGAUUCGGCAAUGCACCAUUGCAGUCACAACAGACUGGCAGAAGAGCUAACCUACAAGCUGCUACUGCAGACAAUCCAUUUGGGUUUUAA